GGUCAAGAAGUGUCAUAUAUUUAAACGAAGCUAACCGAAAUGAUUACCGGUUCAUUUCAUAACUCCGGCGAGUCUUUUUCUCUCACUUGUAAAUUUUUCGCUUCUUGAUUAUACUUAGAGUCAGUCUCAUUCUUCUUCUUCUUCAAUUCGAAUGAUUCUGUUUUGCAUCUGUAUGCAACUGUGAGAAAACAUAGACAUGGGAACUCAGAAUAUUUUGUGGAAUUAUUCCAAGAGGAUGUUCACAUUUGGGCUCAUAGGACUCACCAUUUCUGAUAGAUAUGCAAGUGUUGCUGCGGUUCGGGGUGCUUCUAUGUCUCCCACAUUUAACCCCAGCUCUGGUACUUUGCUGGAUGACUAUGUUUUGGUGGAGAAGUUUUGUCUCGAGAGGUACAAAUUUUCACAUGGUGAUGUAGUUGUUUUCAGUUCACCACAGAGUCACAAGGAGAGGCACAUAAAGAGAAUAAUUGGCUUGCCUGGUGAUUGGGUUGGGAUUCGUCAUUCUUCAGAUGUCAUCAAAAUUCCACAAGGACAUUGUUGGGUUGAGGGAGACAAUUCUGGUUCCAGCAUGGAUUCAAAUUAUUUUGGCCCGGUUCCUCUAGGUUUAGUACAAGGAAGGGUGACCCACAUUGUGUGGCCUCCUCAGAGACUAGGUGCUGUGGAGAGAAGAUUGCCUGAAGGGAGACUUUCUUCGUCCUAGCCGGAUUUUUUUAUUUUUCAGUUAAGGUCCCAUUUUUUUUUGCAUGGGAAAUAAAUUUUACCAUUAUUGAGAUUCCUUACACCUCAUACAUGUUUUGGCUGAGUUCCAAUUCUUUUGUUGAAUCAUUUAUUUAUGCAAAGUUAAAACAUUUUCCUUUUUUCUUCUCA